UCCCAUAAGGCGGAAGUCAAAUACUGUGCCUGCCCUGGCUUGCCCUCCCUACGUUCUGUAGUCAAACAAAGAAGCUACAGCCUACAGCAGCAUUCUCAAACCGAGCAAAACAUCUCAGUUGACUGAUAUAGGUCAGAGGACAGUAGUAUUUGUCUUCCCGUGAGAAGGGAAUUACGACCUCUAAAAUGAGUCUCUCUGCAGAGAGAGAGGAGGGGGACAGUUUUUUGAAAAAUAUUCUCUCAGGCGAGAAAGAGGAGCAGGAGAGACCAGUGUCUCCUGUACCCAGCUGUGUGUCCAUGAAGAGUGACAUGUCAAUCGAUCCUCCGUAUAACUUCAGUAAAGAACCAUUGUCCAGUGAACAGUGGGUCCAUCAGGAGAGACCAGCGUCUCCUGUAACCAGCUGUGUGUCUAUGAAGAGUGACCAGUCUAUGGGACCACCAAUCAACUUUUCCAGUGAACAGGGGGUCCAUCAGGAGAGACCAGCAUCUCCUGUAACCAGCUGUGUGUCUAUGAAGAGUGACCAGUCUAUGGGACUACCAAUCAACUUUUCCAGUGAACAGGGGGUCCAUCAGGAGAGACCAGCAUCUCCUGUAACCAGCUGUGUGUCUAUGAAGAGUGACCAGUCUAUGGGACUACCAAUCAACUUUUCCAGUGAACAGGGGGUCCAUCAGGAGAGACCAGCGUCUCCUGUAACCAGCUGUGUGUCUAUGAAGAGUGACCAGUCUAUGGGACCACCAAUUAACCUUUCCAGUGAACAAGGGAUCCAACAAGAGAGACCAGUGUCUCCUGUACCCAGCUGUUUGUCUAUGAAGAGUGACAAGUCUAUGGACCUGUCAACGAGGUUCAGUAAUGAACCACUUAUGUCAAAUAAAAGGGUCCCUCCACUCCCUCAGCAGAGACAGGACUGUCCUCCUUCCUGCACUGUGUCCAUGGAGCCAUAUGAAGGAGCGAAUGUCUUUCCCGUAGAUCAGAAAAUGCACCAAAAUGUCAGUGCUGAGGCAGAAAUCCAAGAGAAGCUCAAAUCAACUCUGAAGAAGAGAUUUCAGUGUGUUUUUGAGGGACUAGCACAGCAAGGAAACCCUACACUUCUCAAUGACAUCUACACAGAGAUUUUCAUCACUGAAGGUGGAAGUGGAAAGGUCAAUAAUGACCAUGAGAUAAGACAGAUUGAGGCAGCAUCCAGGAGACCAGCAACACAAGAUACACCAAUCAAAUGUAAUGACAUCUUUAAACCCUUACCUGGACAAGACAGGCAUAUAAAAGCUGUGUUGACAAAGGGAGUCGCUGGCAUUGGAAAGACCAUUUCCGUGCAGAAGUUUAUUCUGGACUGGGCCGAAGGAAAAGCCAAUAAGGAUAUUCAGUUCAUAUUUCCACUUCCCUUUCGUGAGCUGAAUUUGAUGAGGACGAAGAGAUGCAGUUUGAUGGAACUUUUACAGUCUUUUUUUAUGGAAAUGAAAGAAUCCAAAAUGAUUAACUAUGAUGAGUGCAAAGUCCUGUUUGUAUUUGAUGGUCUGGAUGAGUGUCGACUCCCUCUUGACUUCCAGAACAAUAAGACCUGUUUUGAUGUCUCAGAGUCAACCUCAGUUGAUGUGCUGCUGACAAACCUUAUUAAAGGGAAUCUGUUACCCUCUGCACUUGUCUGGACAACCUCCCGACCUGCAGCAGCCAAUCAGAUCCCUCCUGAGUGUGUUGACCAGGUGACAGAGGUACGAGGGUUCAAUGACCCACAGAAGGAGGAGUACUUCAGGAAGAGAUUCAGUGAUGAGAACCUAGCCAGCAGAAUCAUCUCACAUAUUAAAUCCUCAAAGAGUCUCUACAUCAUGUGCCACAUACCAGUUUUCUGUUGGGUUUCAGCCACUGUUCUAGAGAGAAUGUUGGGUGAAGCAGAGAGUGGAGAGAUCCCCAAGACUCUGACUCAAAUGUGCACACACUUCCUGAUCUUUCAGACCAAACAGAGUAGUAAAAAGUAUCUUGGAGAAGAUUACAUUGAUCACCACUGGAAUACAGUGGUGAUAAUGAAACUGGGGAAACUGGCUUAUCAACAGCUGGAAAAAGGUCAUCUGAUCUUCUACGAGGAAGACCUAAGAGAAUGUGGCAUUGAUGUCACAGAAGCAUCCGUGUACUCGGGAGUGUGCACACAGAUCUUUAGAGAGGAGAAAGGGCUGUGCCAGGAGACGUUAUUCUGCUUUGUACAUCUCAGCAUUCAGGAGUUUUUAGCUGCUCUGUAUGUGUUUCUCACAUUCAAAAACAGCAAUGUAAAUCUUCUGUCUCAAGGUCUAAAUAUUAAGACAAUGUCAGGAGAAACACCUGCAUUGUUUCUACACAAAAGUGCAGUGGACAAGGCCUUACAAAGUAUGAAUGGACACCUGGACCUGUUCCUCCGUUUCCUUCUGGGCCUAUCACUGGAGUCCAAUCAAACUCUCUUACAAGGCUUACUGUCACAGACAGAAAGCAGGUCCCAAAGCAGUGAGGAAACAGCCAAGUACAUAAAGAUGAAGAUCAAGAAGAAUCCCUCUCCAGAGAGGUGCAUCAACCUGUUCCACUGUCUGAGUGAACUGAAUGACAUUUCUCUAGUGGAGGAGAUCCAAAGCUAUAUGAGCUCAGGAAGUCUCUCAAAAGCUGAACUGUCACCUGCACAGUGGUCCGCUCUGGUCUUUGUUUUGCUGACUUCAGUGGAGAAGCAGGAUGUUUUCGAACUGAGAAAGUAUUUCAGAUCAGAGGAGGGUCUUCUUAGGCUGCUACCAGUGGUCAAAGCCACCAGAACAGCAAUCCUGAAAGAUUGUAACUUGACUGAAAGAUGCUGUAAGUCUUUAGCUUCAGCUCUCAGAUCGAACUCUUCUUCACUGAGAGAGCUGGACCUGAGUGACAAUAAACUGCAGGAUUCAGGAGUGAAGCUGCUCUCUGAUGGAUUGAAGAAUCCAGGUUGUAAAUUGAAGACACUGAGGCUGAAGAGCUGUGGUACCACAAAGAUUGGCUGUGCUUCUCUGGCUUCAGCUCUAAGGUCAAACUCCUCACACCUGAGAGAGCUGGAUCUGAGCAGGAAUAUCAUUGGAGACUCUGGGCUAAAGCUGCUCUCUACUGUACUGGAGGAUCCACACUGUAAACUGGACAUACUGAGCCUUUCUGGUUGUGGAGUCACAGAGGAGGGUUGUACUUCUCUGGCUUCAGCUCUGAGUUCAAACCCCUCACACCUGAGAGAACUCGACCUGAACAACAACCAACCAGGAGACUCAGGGGUGAAGCUGCUCUCUGCUGUCCUGGAAAAUCCACAGUGUAAAUUGCAAAAACUGAAGCUGUAUAACUCUAAAACCACAGAGAAAGGAUGUUAUUAUCUGGCUUCAGCUCUGAUGACAAACCCCUCACACCUGAGAGAGCUUGACCUAGGUGGAAAUAAGUUAAGAGACUCAGGAAUUAACCAUCUCUCUGCUGCACUGAAGGAACCACAAUGUCAACUGGAAACACUGAGGAUGGUAGGCUGUGGAGUCACAGAGGAGAGCUGUGCUUCUCUGGCUUCAGCUCUGAGGUCAAACCCCUCACAUCUGAGAGAGCUGGACCUGACCAACAACCAACCAGGAGACUCAGGUGUGAAGAUGCUCUCUGCUGUCCUGGAGGAUCCACUCUGUAAACUGGAAAGACUUUCGCUGAAAUGCUGUAACCUCACUGAGAAAUGUUGUGAGUCUCUGGCCUCAGCUCUCAGCUCAAACUCCUCUAGUCUGAGAGAGCUGCACCUGAGUCACAAUAACCUACAGGAUUCAGGAGUGAAGCUGCUCUCUGCUGGACUCGGGAAUAGACACUGUAAAGUGGAAAAACUGGGGCUGUUAUGUUGUUGGGUCACAUGGAAAGGCUGUGCCUCUUUGGCUUCAGCUCUGAGGUCAAACCCCUCACACCUGAGAGAGUUAGAUCUACAAAUGAAUAAACCAGGAGACUCAGGGGAGAAGAUGUUAUCUGAUGUCUUGGAGGAUCCACUCUGUAAACUGGAGAAACUUACUGUAUAAUGUACUCUGUACAACGUUUUUGUCUGAUAAAACUAUUCUGGUACAUUUCCACCUUUUAAUGCAUUUUCAUACAUUUCAAGAAGAGUUUUCUGUGAAGAAACCUUUUCUGUCUGCAGACUGUUGAAUUUAUUUUGGAUAAAUGAAUAAACAAUAUCCCCAUUUUAAAUAGAAUUGUAACUAGGUAAACUUAUACUUUGUUUUAUAAGUCAUUGACAAUAUGAGUUCAUAAGAAGGGAUUGUGUGACACGGACAAGGAGUAAUAAAAAGUUAAUGAACACCAUUCCAACUAGGCAGAAACAAAUGGGUUGUGGACUGUGUAAACACACAAGGUCGUUAGCCUAUGUUUGACCCAACAAACUUAGCUCUGGGGUUUUUAGAUAAGGCAGUGAGUGCAUUCCUAGGUUUUCUGUUAAUUAAAACUGUCAGUUCAGUGGUGAUCGAUUAUGUUGAGGGGUCAAAAGCUAUCUGGGAGUGUGUUAGUAAGUUAGAAUUAACUUUUCACCUUACUUUGUCCCGGUCGAGAGGAGGGGAUUCUGUUAAAGCAGUGAAAUGACGUCAUGAUCUGUAUAUAAACUGCUGCACGUGAUUAAGUGGCAGCGCGCUCCGAGAAUAAAUUCUAUUACCUAUUAUUUAAA